AAAAUCGAAUUAAUUAAAGAUAUUGUGAAAUGUAUGGAGGAAGCCAUACAAAUUGAUUCAGACGAUAGUAAAAAGGGUGAUAUAUCUUUGUUUUAAUAAAUAAAAUGUAUUUCUUAAUUGACAGAGCUGAUUAAUAUAUGUGAUUGAGUGGCCCAAAUACCUAUAAGGAAAAAGAAACGACAAUGGGUUAAAGUAAAGUGAAAGAGAAUGAGAAAAAAACUCGAACAGAGUUGCGCAACACAAGUUGCUCGUGUGAAGGUAAUGGGCGACAGCAAAAGAGCAUCGCCCGAGAAUUAGCAACAAAAGUUGCCUCAUGUAAUCGCGGACUUACUUAGAUUCAGGGCAAAGCAAAUAAAUCUCCCAAAUUGUUGUAAAAAUAUUUGUUUGAUAUCAAUCCAUAAUUUAGGGCAUUUAUACAUGUAAUACGUUUUACAAAGAACAUUCACUUUUUAAAGAGAGGUUUCGUAGAUUAAAUUUUUACUCAAUCACGUUGCCUAGAAAAUAUAUUUAAUGGCUACACUGCUGCAAGCAGCUGAUUCGUUGUCAAAAUAUUCGUAUAUUCGAUUACAUUAAUCGCUCGUGUUUUCGUAACAUUCAACUUAAGCAAGUUCCAAUAUAACUUUAUUGUACAUUAAUUAUAAGAACUAAAACUAAAAAAGAUGUCAUUAUCUCCAUCAAGCGGCAUAGGGCGCUACUAUAAACAUUCUGCUAAAAUUAUCCGCUUUGUCCGAUUGGGUUGCACAAAUCGUCCUUUCUACCAUGUUGUCGUUAUGGAGAGGCGAAAAAAUCAACACCAGCCAGUAAUAGAACAAGUUGGUACUUAUGAUCCAAUGCCAAAUCAGAAGGAUGAACGUUUGGUUUCGUUUAAUUUUGAACGUAUCCGCUAUUGGUUGGGUCGAGGGGCUCACCUGUCCACACCAACAGCAGAACUAUUGGGUAUUGCAGGUUUUUUGCCCAUUCAUCCACGCACUUAUAUGACCGCCUGGCGAAACAGGCAAAAAGUUGCCGAAGAUGGAACAAUUGAAGGAAAGGAUCCAGUUGAAGCGUAGAAAUUAUUAUUUAUUCGUCAAAUCUAGUGAAAUAAAUGCUAAAAUGUAUAAAAAAA